AUGCCGCUGCACUGCAGCGGUGGCCAUGCGUUGCAGGAGAUUGCGGCACCAUACGAUGGCGACUGCGACCUCUGCGGAGCACAGUUCGACGCCGCCUCGCCCGUCCUGCAUUGCGCCUCCUGCCACUUCGACGCCUGCGGCGCCUGUGGGCGCCAGGCCGCCGUGGCCGAGGCACCCGCCGAGAGGCCGCCGGGCCCCUUCGAGGUGGAGGUGCGCGGCCUGAGCGGGGUGCUCUGCACCCUCACCGCGGGCCCGGAGUGGACCGGCCUCCGCCUCAAGGAGGCGCUCGGCGUCCAGCUCGGCCUCGGCCUGCUGGAGCAGCGCCUCCUCGCCGGCAGCGAGCCGCUGGCGGACGAGGUGGCACUCGCGCGGCAGCUGCCCGCGCCGCGCGAAGGCGGCCCGCGGGCCGUCACGCUCGUGCGCCGUGACCCCGCCAUUGCGGAGGCGCUGGAGAGGGUGAGCCGGGGCGGCCUGGGUGCGAAGGGGCGCCAGUGGCUCGGCUCCCGGCCGGCGGUGGUCCGCGCGGACCGCGAGGUGGUGCUGGCGGCCGUGCGGCACGACGGCUGCGCACUCGAGUUCGCGGCCGAGGAGCUGCGGGCCGACCGCGAGGUGGUGCUCGCCGCCGUGCAGAAGAGCGGCUUUGCCCUGCAGUUCGCCUCGGAGGGCCUCCGCGCGGACCGCGGGUUCCUGCUCGCGGCGGUGCAGCAGAACGGCUUCGCGCUGGCCUGCGCCAGCCCCGAGCUGCGGGCCGACCGGGAGGUGGCCCUGACGGCCGUGGAUGGGGCUGCCCUCGAGUACGUCUCCGAGGAGCUCCUGGCGGACCCCGACGUCGUGGCGGCGGCGGUGCUCGGGUCGCCCGCCGCGGCGGAGCACGUGCCCGAGGGGCUCUGGAGCAGGCACGGCUUCGUCCUCGCUCUGGCAGCCCGGGGCGUGGAGCGGGCGGUGCGAGAGAUCCACCAGAACCGCGACAUGGCCAUGCUGCAUGUGGAGGUGGAGCCAGCUGCGCUCGAGGCGCUCCCGGACGCCAUGAAGCUAGACAUGCACUUCUGCCUGGACGCCAUCGCGCGAAACGUGCUGGUCUUGGGCCACGUGGCUGCGAGCCUGCGGGCGGACCGCACCUUCCUCCUCGAGGCGGUGCGGCGGAACGCGUGUGCCUUCCGCUAUGUCCCCCACGAGGUGCAGGUGGAUGCUGCCUUUGUCGCCCAGGCCGCGUCGGGCAACGUCGCCGUAUUGGAGCACGCGCCCAUGGCGCUCUGGAGCGGCGAGUUCGCGGCCGCCGUGGUGCAGCAGGAGGGCAUGGCCCUGAGGUACGUGCCAGACGGCCUGCGCGCGGACAAGGCCCUCGUCCUGGCGGCGGUGCGGCGGCGAGGGCGGGCGAUCGAGCACGCGCCGCUGGAGUUCAGGAUCGAAGGGACUCGGAGUGCAUGGUCGCCGCCAUCCAGCAGGACAGGGCCGCCCUGGAGCUCGUCCCAGUGGCCCUCUGGUCGGACCACCUCUUCGUGA